CUUCCUCUCCAGGCGCAUGGAACUAUCUCCUGAGUGCUGCAAGUUGUAGCGGGCACCGCUGAGUGUGUUUCCCAUCGGGGAACUUCUUAUCUAGCAGCUGACUUUAGUUUCUUCAAACUAAGCCACUUCGCCCACUUACACUGUUCUGAAUAAGGAACAAACUGCCAAGCAUCAACGGGCCCCCCCGGAGCCCUAGAUGAGCCAGCGCCGCGGAACCGGUUAACAAUCUCCCUGGACGCAGCUCCGGAGGAGCCACAAGCAUGCACCCUGGGUUGUGGCUGCUCCUGGUUUCCUUGUGCCUGACCCAAGAACUGGCAGAAGCGGGACAGAAGUCCUAUGGAAAGCUGUGUGGGGAGCAAGACUGCAGUGGAGGUUGCAAAUGCUCUCCUGAGAAAGGAGCAAGGGGACGCCCUGGACCAACUGGCAUUCAAGGUCCAGCAGGUCCUGAAGGACUUGCUGGUCCUACUGGUUUAUCGGGGUUGAAAGGAGAAAGAGGCUCCCCAGGCCUUCUGGGACCAUAUGGACUAAAAGGAGAUAAAGGUCCCAUGGGAGUUCCUGGCUUUCUUGGCAUCAAUGGGAUUCUGGGCCACCCUGGACAGCCAGGCCCCAGAGGUUUACCAGGCCUAGACGGCUGUAAUGGAACUCAAGGAGAUGUUGGAUUUCCAGGCCCUGUUGGCUAUCCUGGGAUUUUAGGACCACCUGGGCUGCCUGGUCGGAAAGGUUCAAAAGGGGAACCUGCUCCUUUUCAAGGUAGCAUCACAGGAAUGAAGGGGGAUCCUGGGCUGCCUGGACUAGAUGGAAUCUCUGGUCCAUCAGGAUCCCCUGGAUCUCCUGGAGGUGCAGGACCCAUAGGAUCACCAGGCUUACAAGGUCCUCCAGGCCCCCCUGGACUCCCUGGCCCUGAUGGAAAUAUGGGGUUAGGUUUCCAAGGAGAAAAAGGAAUGAAGGGGGAUGUUGGCCUCCCUGGCCCUGCUGGACCACCUCCAUCUACUGGUGAACUAGAGUUCAUGGGAUUUCCUAAAGGGAAGAAAGGAUCCAAGGGUGAACCAGGGCCUCCAGGUUUCCCAGGCAUGAGUGGCCCUCCAGGCUUCCUGGAAUUUGGAUCUAUUGGAGAAAAAGGAGAAAAGGGAAUCCUUGGUUUGCCGGGACCUAGGGGUCCCAUGGGUUCAGAAGGAGAAGAAGGCUAUCCAGGGGAACAGGGAAAAAAGGGAUCAUCUGGUUUACCUGGAUUUACUGGGUUCCCAGGAAUUAAGGGUGAAAAGGGUGGCAUUGGUCUGCCAGGCCCAGACAUUUUCACUGAUGUGCAUGGUGCUGCGAUCUCAGGUUCUCCUGGAGACCCCGGUAUACCAGGCCUCCCAGGCAUUAGAGGAGAUGAAGGCAUCCAAGGCCAACGUGGCCCUUCUGGCACCCCUGGCCUCCCAGCCCUAACAGGUCUUCAAGGCACCCUAGGGCUUCGGGGACCUCCAGGCCUCAAGGGAGACCAAGGCAACCCAGGCCGCAGCACCACUGGGGAGACUGGCCUGCCUGGCAGAGUUGGUUUACCAGGUUUACCAGGCUUGCCAGGCCCAUCAGGUCCACUUGGUACCACAUUUGAGACUGGAACUCUGCCUAUCACAGAACCUGGAUUCCCUGGUUUCCAAGGAGAACGAGGUGCAAAAGGAAAUCCAGGACUCCAAGGAGCAAAAGGGGACUCUGGUUCUUGUGCAUGUGAAGUUGGUGUCCCCAACACUGGACCACCUGGGGAACCAGGUCUGCCUGGGAUACAAGGUCUCAUCGGCCUCCCAGGCAUUAAAGGGACCAGAGGAGAUCCAGGCUCUGUAGGUGCACCCGGCCCAGCAGGGACUCCAGGGUUAUUUGGACCUCCAGGUCAUACAGGCCCCAAAGGAAAGAAAGGUGAACCAACCAUCAGUCGAGGAUCAAAAAUGUCAGGAGACAAAGGUGAUCCUGGUCCUAAGGGGUUCCCAGGUAUAGCAGGAGCUGCAGGCAAGGAUGGAAUACCAGGUUUACCAGGUCUGCCAGGCCUUCAGGGAGAUAGUGGACUUGGAUUCCCAGGUGAAAAGGGGUCACCAGGACUUCCUGGUAAAAAGGGUCCUGAUGGUCCAACUGGCCCCCCAGGAAUUGGGCUGCCAGGACUUCCUGGACCACGUGGGCUUCCUGGAAAUAAAGGAGUAGAUGGGUUGCCAGGGCAACAAGGCCUCCGUGGAGCCCAAGGAGUCACCUUGCCUUGUAUUAUUCCCGGGUCGUAUGGUCCAUCAGGAUUUCCUGGAGCUCCUGGAUUCCCAGGCUCAAAGGGGGCCCGGGGCCUCCCUGGGACUCCAGGCCAGCCUGGCAUUCAUGGAAGUAAAGGAGAGCCUGGAAGCCCAGGAUUUAUUCAUCUCCCAGAAUUACCAGGAUUUCCUGGACCUCAUGGGGAGAAGGGCUUGCCUGGGUUUCCUGGGCUUCCUGGAAAAGAUGGCUUGCCUGGGAAGGCUGGCAGUCCAGGUUUACCAGGUUCCAAGGGAGCCACUGGUGACACCUUUGGUGCUGAAAAUGGUGCUUCAGGGGAGCAAGGCCUACAUGGAUUGCCAGGGGACAAAGGAUUUCCUGGAGACUCUGGCCUUCCAGGACCCAAGGGUUUGAAUGGGAAGUCUGGUUUGCUAGGCCCCAAAGGUGAACGGGGCAUCCCUGGAGCAUCAGGAUCAGUGGGACAGCCAGGACCCUUAGGAUCUAGUGACCCAUUUGGCAUCAAGGGCACAUCUGGCCUUCCAGGAGCACCAGGCCUCCCAGGCAUUUCAGGACAUCCUGGAAAGAAAGGUCUAAGAGGAGAGAUGGGUCACCCUGGAUCAACUGGAAAACGAGGUCUACCUGGGAUAAAAGGCCUUCCUGGUUCUCCAGGGUCACCUGGCUUCUUGGGGAACCCAGGCUUGUCUGGGGUCACUGGGUUGCCUGGCCUCCCAGGCCAAAAGGGUGAAAAGGGAGCCUCUGGACCAAUAGGUUUUCCUGGGUUGCCAGGUCUUCCUGGUAUUCCUGGAGCAAGUGGAUUAAAGGGACUUCCUGGGUCAGUUGGCAAGGUGGGACAAUUUGGACAGGCUGGUAGUCCUGGCGAAAAAGGAGACAGGGGUGAUCCAGGGCCAGUUGGAAUGCCCAUUUCAAGACCUCCAAUGCUGAACCUUUGGUUCAAAGGAGACAAGGGCUCUCGAGGUUCUGCCGGAUUGGAUGGAUUCCCUGGGCCCAGAGGUGAAAAAGGAAAGCCUGGGAGACCAGGGUCACCAGGUUCACCUGGAGCUCCUGGACAGCCCAGUACAAUCAAAGGACUUAGUGGGAGGCCAGGUUCCCCUGGCUCCAUAGGAUUACAAGGUUUUCCCGGCCUGAAGGGAUCCCUGGGGAUCACAGGUUUCCCAGGAAUGCCAGGAAAAAUUGGUUCACAAGGUUUUAUUGGAGCUUCUGGACCCCAGGGAGCAUCUGGUAUCCCAGGCCUAAAAGGAGAUCAGGGCCAAACACUUGAAAUUUCUGGUAUCCCAGGACCCAAGGGGCAACCUGGUGAAUCGGGUUUUAAAGGUGUAAAAGGAAAAGAUGGACCAGUUGGUGAUACUGGUUACCCUGGAGUCAAAGGUGAAGAUGGAAAAGUUGGUAUUACUGGCGAUACUGGCCUUCCUGGCUCCCCAGGACCUCAAGGGAUUACAGGGAUGAGAGGAGACCCAGGACUCCCAGGUUCUUCUGGCCAUCCAGGGUCAACUGGCUCCCCUGGAUCCUCUGGCUUAAUAGGACCUAAAGGAUUCUCUGGACCUCCUGGUUUACAUGGACUAAAUGGACUUCCAGGCACCAAGGGUACCCAUGGCACUCCAGGAGUGAGCGUCACUGGUGUGCCUGGACCUGCUGGCUUGCCUGGUCCCAAAGGGCAAAAGGGAACACCAGGAAUUGUCAUCGGAGAUCCAGGGAAACCAGGUUCAAGGGGGCAAAAAGGUGACCGAGGUUUCCCAGGUCUUCAAGGCCCUGCUGGUCCCCCCGGAGCCCCAGGCAUCUCCUUGCCCUCAGUCAUAGCAGGACAGCCUGGCGACCCCGGGCGGCCAGGCCUAGAUGGAGAACGAGGCCGCCCAGGUAACCCCGGGCCUCCAGGUCCCCCUGGGCCAUCCUGGGAUCAAGGCGACCCUGGAGACCCUGGCUUCCCUGGAAUUGCAGGCCUUCAGGGGCCCAAGGGGAACCAAGGAUUUCCAGGUUUCUCUGGCCUCCCUGGAGAUCUAGGGCUGAAAGGCGUGAAAGGGGAGCCUGGCUUCAUGGGGACUCCAGGCAAGGUUGGGCCACCAGGAGACCCAGGAUUUCCUGGAAUGAAAGGGAAGGUGGGGACAAGAGGCUUUGCCGGCCCCCAGGGAGCACCUGGACAUACACCAAUUGCUGAAGCUGUCCAGGUUCCCCCUGGACCCCUGGGCCUGCCAGGCAUCGAUGGCAUCCCUGGUCUCACAGGGGAGCCUGGGAUUCAAGGCCCUGUGGGUCUGCAAGGCUCCAAAGGUCUACCUGGCAUCCCUGGAAAGGAUGGCUCCAGUGGGCUUCCAGGCCCACCUGGUACCCUUGGUGAUCCCGGUCUCCCCGGACUACAAGGCCCACCAGGAUUUGAAGGAGCUCCAGGGCAGCAGGGCCCCUUUGGGAGGCCUGGAGUGCCUGGGCACAGUGUGAGAGUGGGCUACACACUGGUGAAGCACAGUCAAUCAGAACAGGUGCCCCUGUGCCCCGUCGGGAUGAGCCAGCUAUGGGUGGGUUACAGCUUGCUGUUCGUGGAGGGACAGGAGAAAGCCCAUAACCAGGACCUGGGAUUUGCUGGCUCCUGCCUACCCCGCUUCAGCACCAUGCCCUUCAUCUACUGCAACAUCAAUGAAGUCUGCCACUAUGCCAGACGCAAUGAUAAAUCCUACUGGCUCUCCACUACUGCCCCCAUUCCCAUGAUGCCUGUGGGCCAGACCCAGAUUCCCCAAUACAUCAGCCGCUGCUCUGUAUGUGAAGCACCCUCACAAGCCAUUGCUGUGCACAGCCAGGAUGUCACCAUUCCACAGUGCCCUCUGGGCUGGCGGAGCCUCUGGAUUGGGUACUCCUUCCUCAUGCACACUGCUGCUGGGGCGGAGGGCGGAGGCCAAUCCCUGGUCUCCCCUGGCUCCUGCCUUGAGGAUUUCCGGGCUACUCCUUUCAUCGAAUGCAGCGGUGCCCGAGGUACCUGCCACUACUUUGCCAACAAGUACAGUUUCUGGCUGACAACCGUGGAGGAGAGGCAGCAGUUUAGGGAAGAACCUGUGUCUGAGACACUGAAGGCUGGGCAGCUGCACAGCAGGGUGAGCCGCUGCCAGGUGUGUAUGAAAAGCCUAUAAGGAGUCACCUGUCAUGGUGCCCCUGGUCUUCCCUAUGCCCUCACAACAGUUACUUCACAAACCUGCACAGUCUGAGGAAGGAAGUCCUGAGCCCAUUUGCCUGUCAAGCUGUACAUUGGAGUCUCAUUUGGACUGGCCUACUGGACACUGAUCACCCAUCCCCUCAAGUCCAACAGAUGAGCCCACCAUGUUGGGAUUUGCUGUCCUAUUCCCAUCAAUCUGGUGCUACUGUUCCAUUUGGACAUUUGUUAUUAUCCAUGUUACCUCAGAAAUAUUUGCUGGACUACCAUUUUCAAAGAGCACUAGGUCUCCUCGCUACAAUGAUCAGGAAGCUCCUCAUAAUAGCUAUGUUAUUUCUUUAUGACCAGACGUCCACCACACAUUAACUUAAACCAGAAUUCAGGAUUUUUACAUUAAAUGUAUGUCUCCGGUUGAACAGUUUCAGACAGUUCAUGUCUGCUUAAGGCUAGCCCUCCCUAUCCAAGGCAGUCCACUGUGUCUAGGCAGGCAGUAGAGCUGGAAACAAGAAGCCAGCCUAUACCCGGACAAGCUGUGAUUCCUUUCAGAGUUUUUAAGACCACGCCCCAUCUUGCCUAGGGAAGUCUGAAGGCCAGGAGCUGAGAGAGGUCUAUAAAUUUCAUUUGGUCCUAGACAGAUCACUGCCUCCUGGUGGACACACUCCUCAGCCAGAUAGACAGAGGACUUGGCCUGGUCCAAACUAGAGCCAAGGAUGCAAUAAAUGUGGGCAAGCCCAUAUAAGGAAAUGAGAACCACAUCUUUUUCUCCUUGGCCUGGGGUAGAGGGAUGAAUAGGAAUGGAAAUGUCAAUUUUGAUUUUGACUCCAGGAACAAAGUGGUAAAUCUAAUGCCCCCAUUUCUCAGCAGUUCUUGUUUAUUCCAAAUGCCAUCUGGAUGUGUGCAAUAUGGCAAACCGAAGUUGCAGUAUCUUAGUUCCUUGCAUUCUGAUGCUAUUGGAGACUUUCUAGUAAAAUGACUAUUCAGCUACUCUUUCACAGGUAGCCUUUAAACUGUUUUAAUGCUUAAAAAUAUCUCAUAAAACACCUAGCCUACACCUGUCCUUAGCAGUGAGCAGACCUAAAGCACAGCCUGAGCUGGUGAGGUAUACUGGAUUCUGUUUGGGGCAAUUUGUUUUAAUUACCAGUUUUUCAGAACAUCUUAGCUAUAUUGACAUGAAGCACUCUCUUCCAGGCGAUUCUGCUGUUUUAGGUGUUAUGUAAACUGUGCCAACAUAGGCAAAGCAUAAUCAGUAUAAUCUGAGCUGUUGUCACCAUCGCUCCUAGAUAAGUAAAGCAUGCUGUCAGUUUGUAUAUACCAAAUAAAAUGAAUGAAAUCUAA